AUGGCCACUGGGCGCCGGCUGCAGCUUCCCUCCCGGCCGCGGGCCGCGCAUGCGCGCGGGCGCCGGAUUGAUCGCGGCCGCCUCUCCUCCCUCGCCGCGCCGGCCCCGCCCCUCCUCCCGCCGCGUUGCCCGGCAACCGCGGCUCGGCGCACUCCCAUUGGCCGGCGGCGCGCCGGGGUCCCGGGCGGCGCGUGGGACUGUGCCGUGGCCCCGCCCCUGCUCACCCUGCUCAUCUUCCUUCGGGGGCUGCCUUCUCGGGACCCCCUGGAUCUGCCAACCGCAGCUCCCAAUUCUGGCUUCAGCACCAAGAACAGCGCCCUGCAAUUCUCUGACCCCGAAGCGCCCAAUUCUGGCUUCAGCACCAAGAACAGCGCCCUGCAAAUCAACACCAAGGAGGUGGCGCAGCGCAUCACCGCCGAGCUGAAGCGCUACAGCAUCCCGCAGGCCAUCUUCGCGCAGCGCAUCCUGUGCCGCUCGCAGGGCACGCUCUCCGACCUGCUGCGCAACCCCAAGCCGUGGAGCAAGCUCAAGUCGGGCCGCGAGACCUUCCGCAGGAUGUGGAAGUGGCUGCAGGAGCCCGAGUUCCAGCGCAUGUCGGCGCUGCGCCUGGCAGCCUGCAAACGCAAGGAGCAGGAGCAGCAGAAGGAGCGCGCGCUGCAGCCCAAGAAGCAGCGGCUGGUGUUCACCGACCUGCAGCGGCGCACGCUCAUCGCCAUCUUCAAGGAGAACAAGCGGCCGUCCAAGGAGAUGCAGGUCACCAUCUCGCAGCAGCUCGGCCUGGAGCUCAACACCGUCAGCAACUUCUUCAUGAACGCGCGGCGCCGCUGCAUGAACCGCUGGGCCGAGGAGCCGGGCGCCGCCCCCGCGGGCCCCGCCGGCGCCGCCGCCACCUUCUCCAAGGCCUGA